CUACAGUAAAUGUCAGCACAAGGAGGUAAGUGCUGUCGAGAGUGUCAUUUCUUAGCGAUACUUUGUCGAAGGAGGUUCGUUGCUUGAAGUCGUCAUGAAGGAACCUGUGUUCAGAACGGAAUCAACCCUAACCUUUUAUGUCAAUGGAAAAAAGGUGGUUGAUAACAACGUGGACCCAGAAUGGACUUUACUUUACUAUCUAAGAAAUAAGCUGCGUCUGUGUGGCACAAAGCUCGGCUGUGGCGAAGGAGGCUGCGGAGCCUGCACUGUUAUGGUCUCCAGGUACGAUCGUGUCAAAGAAAAAGUUAUUCACCUAGCAGUCAAUGCGUGUUUGGCGCCUGUGGCCUCCAUGCAUGGACUUGCUGUCACAACUGUGGAAGGCAUUGGCAGCACCAAGACAAAGCCACAUCCUGUGCAGAAAAGGAUAGCAGAGGCCCAUGGCUCACAGUGUGGUUUCUGUACCCCAGGAAUUGUUAUGUCUAUGUACACACUACUCAGAAACUUGCCCAAACCCACAAUGAAGGACAUGGAAAUAGCUUUCCAAGGCAAUCUGUGUAGGUGCACUGGUUAUCGUCCAAUUAUUGAAGGAUUUAGCAGUUUCACUGAAGACUGGGAACAGAACCAAGCCAUGUACAACAACAAACUGAUUAAUGGGUUGAGUAAUGGUAAUGGAUGUGCAAUGGGAGACCAGUGUUGCAAGAACAAGUUUAAUGGAGUGACAAGCAAUGGUGGCUGCACUAGGGAUGAGGAAGUACUCUUCAGUAAAACAGAAUACACACCAUAUGAUCCAACACAGGAGCCAAUUUUCCCUCCAGAACUCAGAAUGGAUUCAAGUUUUGAUUCUCAGUAUUUAAUUAUUAAGGGGAAGAGAGCAACAUGGUAUCGUCCUACAAAGUUAGAUGAUCUAUUGCUCCUGAAAUCAGAAUAUCCUGAAGCUCGCAUAGUUGUUGGAAAUACUGAAGUUGGUGUAGAAGUGAAAUUUAAAAAUAUGGUGUACCCAGUUCUCAUCCAGCCAAACCAAAUUCCAGAACUAAUAUCUGUUUCUAUGAACAGUACUGGGCUUAGGAUUGGCGCUGCAGUCACAUUGAAUAACAUGGAACAGGCUUUAAGGAAUGAAAUAGAGUUACAACCAGAACACAAGACUAGAAUUUUUUUGGCCAUUGUCAACAUGCUGUACUGGUUUGCUGGAAAACAGAUAAGGAAUGUUGGGGCUGUAGGUGGAAACAUUAUGACAUCAAGUCCAAUUUCUGACCUCAACCCAAUCUUCUGUGCUGCAGGAUGCCACCUGGAGUUACAUAGCAAAGAGAAUGGCAUAAGAUAUGUUAAAAUGGAUGAAACAUUUUUCACUGGCUAUAGGAGAACAGUUGUGAAACCUGUUGAAGUUUUGGUUUCAAUUAUCAUUCCAUACACUGAGAAGGAGCAGUACUUUUAUGCAUACAAACAAGCUAAAAGACGAGAUGAUGAUAUUGCUAUUGUUAAUAUGGCUGCCAAUGUGGAAUUUAAUCCAGGGACAAACACCAUUAAGGACAUCAGCCUUGCAUUUGGUGGAAUGGCACCUACCACUGCCCUGGCAAUGAAAACCAAAAGCAAGCUUGUUGGAAGGCAGUGGAAUGAAGAGACACUUGAAGAAGCAUAUUCAGGUUUAAUUGAAGAUUUGCCACUAAACCCAGGUGCUCCUGGUGGCAUGAUUCAGUAUCGCAGAUCUCUCACAUUGAGCCUGUUUUUCAAAGCAUACCUUGCUAUCAUGAACAAUUUGGAUCAGAAUAAGGUUCCUGAGGUACAGAAAUUGCCAGACAAAUACCAGAGUGGAUCCAGUGGCUUCCACAGCAAGACACCAAAGAGCUCUCAGUAUUUUCAAGUGGUACCAGCAGAUCAAAAGGAUACAGAUCUUGUUGGAAGGCCAACUGUACAUAAAUCAGCUUUCAAACAAGCUACAGGGGAAGCUGUAUAUUGUGAUGACAUGCCAUACUUUGAGAAUGAGCUUUACCUGGCUCUGGUGUUGAGUUCUCGAGCACAUGCUGAAAUUGUGUCUAUCGAUGCAAGCAAAGCACUAUCCUUAGAGGGAGUCCAUGCAUUCUUCUCAGCCAAGGAUCUACAAGAGCCACAAUUUCGAAAUUGCCAUGGGAUCAUUCAUGAUGAUGAAGUUUUUGCAGCAGGAAAAGUAACAACUCAGGGACAAGUUAUUGGAGCAGUGGUAGCUGUUGACCAGAUAAUAGCUCAGCGUGCAGCUAAACUUGUUCGAGUGGAAUACAAGGACCUGAAACCUGUGAUAAUUACUAUUGAGGAUGCAAUUAAGAAUGAAUCUUUCUUCCCUGGCUGUCCCAAAGAAAUAUGUCGAGGAGAUGUGGAUGCAGCUUUUAGGAAUUCUGACCACAUUAUAGAAGGAGAAGCUCGGAUGGCUGGACAAGAGCACUUCUACUUAGAAACGCAUUGCACAAUCGCAGUUCCAAAGGGUGAAGAUGAUGAAAUAGAGCUGUUUUGUUCUACACAGAAUCCAACAGAGACACAGAAAGUGACAGCAGAAGUUCUUGGUAUUAAGAGCAACCGAGUGGUUUGCCGAGUGAAGCGAAUGGGUGGGGGUUUUGGUGGAAAGGAGACUCGGAUGCUGGUCGUUUCUGUCCCUGUAGCAGUGGCCGCAUACAAGUUAAAUCGGCCUGUUCGUUGCAUGCUAGACAGAGAUGAAGAUAUGAUGAUAUCAGGAACACGUCAUCCAUUUCUUGGAAAAUACAAAAUUGGAUUUACAAAGAAGGGGAAGAUUACAGCUUGCGACAUUAAAUUAUACAAUAAUGCUGGUCAUACUUUGGACUUGUCUGGCCCUGUUAUAGAGAGAGCCAUGUUCCAUUUUGAAAAUGCAUAUUAUAUUCCAAAUGCUAGAGUUAGAGGUUAUAUCUGCAAGACCAAUCUGCCUUCUAACACUGCAUUCAGGGGAUUUGGAGGACCACAAGGAAUGUUUUUUGCAGAAAAUAUGAUAAGACACAUUGCAUCAUAUUUGGAAAAGGAUCCACUUGAAAUUUCUUCAAUGAAUCUAUACAAAGAAGGUGACACAACUCAUUACAAUCAGCCCCUGGAGCACUGCACUGUGCGGAGAUGUUGGGAUGAAUGUCUGGAGAGAGCAGACUAUAACAGUAGGAAGAUGAAGGUUGAUGAAUUUAACAGGCAGAACCGAUGGAAGAAACGAGGAAUGAGUGUAGUUCCAACAAAAUUUGGCAUAUCUUACACACUGCUAUUCCUGAACCAGUCCGGAGCACUGGUGCUCAUAUAUGAUGAUGGUUCUGUGCUUGUUAGCCAUGGAGGCACAGAAAUGGGGCAGGGACUGCAUACAAAAAUGAUACAAGUGGCCAGCAGGGCUCUUGAUAUUUCUGCAGAUUUCAUCCACAUUGCAGAAACAUCAACUGAUAAAGUACCAAACACAUCAGCUACUGCAGCCAGUUGUGGCUCCGAUUUGAAUGGAAUGGCAGUCUUGGAUGCUUGUGAAACACUUCGUAAAAGAUUGGAACCAUUCAAAGCGGCAAACCCAAAAGGCAAAUGGGUAGACUGGGUAAGGGCAGCAUACUGUGAACGAGUCAGUCUCUCAGCUACUGGAUUCUACAGUACACCUGGCAUUGGAUAUGACAUUUCAAAAAAUGAAGGCAUUCCUUUCAAAUACUUCACAUAUGGUGCAGCAUGUUCAGAAGUUGAGAUAGACUGCCUGACAGGUGAUCAUCAGGUGCUGAGAACUGACAUUGUGAUGGACCUUGGGGACAGCCUGAACCCUGCCAUUGAUGUGGGCCAGGUGGAAGGCGGUUUCAUGCAAGGGUAUGGUCUGUUCACAUUGGAAGAAAUGGUGUACUCAUCAAGUGGCAUAGUUUUUGCACGAGGACCUGGUGUUUACAAGAUACCAGGAUUUGCAGACAUACCCUCAGAGUUCAACGUUUCAUUACUGAAAGGUGCACCAAAUAAGCAUGCUGUGUAUUCCUCAAAGGCUGUUGGUGAACCACCCCUAUUUCUGGCUUCAUCAAUUUUCUUUGCACUCAAAGAAGCUAUCACAGCUGCCAGAGCAGAGAGAGGGUUGAAGGGAACUUUUAAACUUGAUUCUCCAGCUACAGCAGCUCGUAUCCGGAUGGCUUGUGAUGAUGAAAUCACUGCUAAGUUUCCUGAACCAGCUGCAGACUCAUUCACUCCAUGGAAUGUAGUGCCGUGAUCUUGCCAGUUGGCUGCUGCUGAAUUAAAAUUUGGAACUGGAGAAAAGAGAGAUAAAAGCUAAUAAUACAAAAUUAUUUGAAAAGAAAUUGAACCCCUUUUCAUUAUUUGAUUAGUUCUUAUCGAGAUUCCAGUGGUUAAUGAAACCUGGUGUUUUAUGAUUAAUGUAACAGCAAAAUAGCGGUGUUUUCCAAGGACUGGUACUUGGUCUGUCUCGCAUUGUUUUAUACAAGUAAUAGUCUGUAAAUCUAAUUAUUACCAGCACAUCAAUACAUGUAGUGAAGUCUUGUUGGGUGAUCAGCUGUUUGAGGAUGGAGUUAUGCGAAGCUUCAGAGACUGUCCCAAAACACUGGAUAUUAAUUCUUUUCUAUUGUGACUGAGGGCCCAAAAGACUUCUUUGCAUUCAUUUGCUAUGAAAUCUUCAAAUCCUAUAUAUCUAUACAUGUUUAUUAAUAAUAUAAAAAUAAAUUACUUAACAUUGUGUAAUAGUAAAAUUAUCCAUAAGGUCAUAUGAAAUAAUCUGUCUACAAUGUUUAUUUACAAUAUACAGAUUAGUACCAUUAUAUAAUAAAAGUAUGUACACGGGCAUAUGAAAUAAUUCAAAAUUCAUAUUGUCAAGCAGCAUAUGACAGAAAGACAAGUAAUCAUAAUUGACUUGUAUGGUGAUAUGUCUAUGCAAAAAUAGUAACAGUGUUCAGCUCAUGUUAUUUAUUUAAUUUAUAAGGAAGUUAAAAAUUAAAAUAGUUAUUACUGAAAUAUUAGCCAGUUUCCUUAAGAAUUAUUUUUCAAUUGUGGUGCCAAAAACAUUAUUUUGAGUUAUGUGAUUUUUAACAUAAAUCAUGCAAUAUAUAUAUUUUUUUAAAAAACAGUUAUAACACAACAUUUUCAGCAUAUCAAUAGCUUCUUUAUAAUCCUGAGUCAUCUCGUGCUCUAUUUUGAUGUUUUGUGUUGUAUGGUAGACCUGAAAUUUUUAUUUCUACCCACUGUAGAGCUUGUAUGCCAACAGAACUGUAUGAAUCUGAAUCUGUAAUUUUCAUACUUUUGAUAAAGAAGUAUCACUUCUGGACUCAUUAACACAAAUGUCCCCCACUUCAACAUAACAGCUGCUUUAAUAUUUCACAAUAACAGAAUAAUAGGCACAUUUAAUGAUCACAGUUUCUGUCAGAACUAACACCUAAAAAUAAUCUGGGGCACUCUACUGUUAGAUUAUCUUCUGAAUAAGUAAGACUAGCAGUAGCAAUGACAUGAAUUCUGAAACUUUAAUUAAAUGUGAUGAAAUGUAAAAUACUUAAGUACAUAAAUACUGGCUUGAAUUUCUGCACUUUUUACAAGCCUUUCUUGCAAGACGUAGAUAUAGAUGACCAUGUACAUAAUAAAUUGACAUUUCUGGUAUUUUGGAUUGGCUGGACACCAAAAUAUUUCCAGUGGAAUAAUGACAUUAGAGUACAGGUACAAAUUUAUGGUUAUAAAGUGAAAGGCACUACAGAUGCCACACUGCACAGAAUUAUUCCAUAUCCUGUCAUGCUGGAAAAAAAAUGUAAAAUUCCCCUCCCUAUCCCAAAAUCUUGCACCUCAACUCACAUCAGGAGUAAGAGUGAAAAUGUUGGCAAUAAAAUAAAAUAAAACACAAAUAUUCUGUCACUCAGAAUAAUUAAAACAAGGAUAGUGUGCAGCACCAUGUCCAACUUAUAAUGGGAAACAUUUGUAACAGCAAAUGAGUUGAACUUUUGUUUUGGAAUUCAUCUAGGAACAAAUUCAACAAUAUGUUUGUACUUAAGCAUGAAAUAUAAUUUGCCAAUGUCAGAAGUAAAAAAUAGGAGUAAAAUAGUUUUAUAGUACUGCUUCCUACGAUAAAUGAGCACAGAAAAUUAUCAAUUUAUAAUGAUAUUAUCCAUUUUGUGGUGUAAAGUUAUGUAUGUACAUAGUUUAUUAAAUUUAUAUUUUCAUUA